UGUCCUGAUGCUGACGCGGGAAGAUCAAGAUAGUAUAUUGUCGAACAGCUCUAUCACGCAUCACUCACUCGUCCUCCUUCGGUCGUUCCACAACCACCUGACCUGUGAUGCGGCAACUUCUCAUCCAAUAAAUCGAAGGAUCCCAUAUAAAAAGUAAAUGGGAAUUUUUGUCAUUUUGAGAAAACUGAUUACUUUUGAGAAACAGAAUUCAAGAGCAGCAUGAGAUGAGAGAGAAGGAGAAAAAAUAGAGCCAAGGUGUGGCCAGAGGAACACACGAACAAGAUCAAUCAAACCAACCCAUUUGCGAAGGUGCGCAAAAAUCACAUUCUCUUAUCGUUGAAUUGAGAUUGAAAUGAAGAAGAACAGCGUUCCAUCAAAAGCUUCUCAAGCAAGUUCCCUUUCCGUCUUGCCAUAUCAAACCCCGAGACUCAGAGAUCAUUUCCUUCUCGGUAAGAAGCUUGGCCAAGGCCAAUUUGGAACCACUUAUCUCUGCACUCAGAAAUCCACCGGGAAGCUUUUUGCCUGCAAAUCGAUCCCUAAGCGAAAGCUAUUAUGCAAAGAAGAUUAUGAAGAUGUAUGGAGGGAGAUUCAGAUCAUGCAUCAUUUGUCGGAGCACCCUAAUGUGGUUCAGAUACAAGGAACGUACGAGGAUUCUGUGUUCGUACACUUAGUUAUGGAGCUUUGUGCUGGGGGUGAGCUUUUCGAUAGGAUCAUUCAGAAGGGGCAUUACAGUGAAAAAGAGGCGGUCAAGUUGAUCAAGACCAUUGUUGGCGUUGUGGAAGCUUGCCACUCUCUUGGGGUCAUGCAUAGGGAUCUCAAGCCCGAGAAUUUCUUGUUUGAAAAUCACGGUGAAGAUGCCAAGAUGAAGGCUACGGAUUUUGGGUUGUCUGUGUUCUACAAGCCAGGACAAGCCUUUUCUGAUGUGGUUGGAAGUCCCUAUUAUGUUGCUCCUGAGGUGCUGUGCAAGCAUUAUGGACCGGAAGCGGAUGUGUGGAGUGCUGGUGUUAUCCUAUACAUCUUACUGAGCGGGGUCCCACCUUUUUGGGCUGAAACUGAGUCAGGAAUUUUCAGACAGAUUUUACAUGGAAAGCUAGAUCUUGAAUCUGAACCAUGGCCAAGCAUCUCAGAAAGUGCAAAAGAUUUGGUCAAAAAGAUGCUCGAGAGGGAUCCCAAGGAAAGAAUCUCUGCUCAUGAAGUUUCAUGUCAUCCUUGGAUUGUUGAUGAUACAGUUGCCCCCGACAAGCCCCUGGAUUCUGCAGUUUUGUCACGGCUGAAGCAGUUCUCAGAAAUGAAUAAACUUAAGAAGAUGGCACGACGUGUCAUAGCAGAAAGACUUUCAGAAGAGGAAAUUGGUGGUUUAAGAGAGUUGUUCAAAAUGAUUGACACAGACAACAGUGGAACAAUAACAUUUGAGGAACUCAAAGAAGGUCUAAGGAGAGUGGGUUCUAAUCUGAUGGAAUCUGAAAUUAAAUCCCUUAUGGAAGCGGCUGAUAUAGACAACAGUGGAACUAUAGAUUAUGGUGAAUUUCUUGCGGCCACACUGCACUUGAAUAAGAUGGAAAGAGAGGAGAAUUUGGUUGCAGCUUUUUCCUAUUUUGACAAAGAUGGUAGCGGUUACAUCACCAUUGAUGAGCUUCAGCAGGCUUGUAAAGAUUUUGGCCUUGGCGAUGUACAUCUAGAUGAUACAAUCAAAGAGAUUGAUCUAGACAAUGAUGGGAGGAUUGACUUUGGGGAGUUCUCGGCAAUGAUGAAGCAAGGCGAUGGCGGUAUUGGUCGGAGCAGAACUAUGAAGGGAAAUUUAAACUUCAAUAUGGCUGAUGCUUUUGGUGUAUAAGGCUCAUCCUGAUAAGCUAACGUAGACCUUAUCUGUUUUUUGUACAGUUAGAAAGCAAUGACGACACUGGCAAAAAAAAAAAAAAAAAACAAGAAAGAAAGUAAUGACUAUAGAUGAGAAGUCUUAGUCCGUCUUAACAGCUACAAGAUUUUGAGAUGUUCUGCGUUGGGAUGUUUUGUUUUUGUUAAGCUAUAUUAAUGGAUUCCAUAAAUUGCUAGCUACUCAUCACCUCUCAAGUCUCUCCACAAGGCUGCAUCACGGACCACUGCAAUUAUUGUAUUUUCAUCACUUAAUAUAUCUAUCAAAUUGAAUCUUCUUCAUUCAUA